UAUUGAUCGGUUGGACAAAGGAACUGACCACCGGCUGGCCAACCUCGCAAGAAACUACUACUUGCCACCGGCCGGCCGUCGCGAGCGGAUGUCGUCCACGCCACCGCCGAAAACACCGGGUGUUUGAGAAAGAGCGCGCGCCUGCGUCAUCACAUUCGUCAAAAGUUGCCGCAACUUUCGUCCGCGGAGUUUUUGCCGUCGCCGAGUUUUUUGGAGUUGCGCGUCUGCGCCGCCCCCAUUGGCCGCCGGCCGCGUUGCACGCACGUGGGCACGAUGGCCUCGACGGGGACGAUGGCCACGAAGAACGCCAAGCGCUCGCUGCGGACGAUCAGCGCGCACGGGAAGCUGGAGGCCAUCCGGAGGGUGCACGACGGCGAGAGCAAGGCCUCGGUGGCGCGGGACAUCGGAGUCCCAGAGUCCACGCUACGGGGAUGGUGCAAGAACGAGUCCAAGAUCUCCUAUCUCUCUCGCCAGUCCAGCCCAGACACGGAUGAGUCGCUCGAGCCCAAGGACAAGCGCCAGAAAAUCGAAGAGCCGAUGCAACCCUUCAACCUGAGCCUGCGAUCGACGCCCACCGUCUACACCCCCAACUCGGAGUCCUUGUACACCCCCAUGGACUACUCGAAGACGGACAUGGACAGCACCCCCAAAACCCCCCAGAACCUCAGCAUCAAGACAGAGACCCCCAAGUCGACGGCAUCGCAAGAGCGGAACCGCGCCGACUUCGAGCGCAACCGCGCCGAAUUGACGCGCUUGAGCAUCGAGCUGGGGCUCAACCGCUCCGAGAAUACCACCGCCAACACCAGCUCCAACACCCUGGCGGACUUCGCCGCCAACUUCAACCUCCUCACCCAAUGGAACCUCCUCGUUCAGCAACAACUACAACAACAACAACAACAACAAAAAAAACCAUCACCGGACACAACUCCCGCCACCUCCAAACAGUCGGCGGCGAAGCCGCCCAAAGAGCAACAGUCCUCCGAAGACUACAUCAAGGGCUGGCUGAAAACCCAGGAUAUACUCAACCGCACCACACCGGCCAACGGACUCACGACGUCGAACAACAGCAAUUCGAGCCUCCAGAACUCCUGGUUCUGGAGCUGGUGCACAAAAGUGGGAAGCAGCGGGGGGCAACAAACCAGCGCUCCUUCUACAAACGAAAAACCCAUCCUUUACCAGCAACUGACGAAAGACACCGACGCCGAGAACCUCUCCGUAGACAAAUCCUCCAACAAAGUCAAGUCCGUGCUGGACAGCUUCCUCCACAACAACAACAACGUCUCCGCAGAGAAAAAAUCGGACUGUCUGUCGUAUAGCGAGGCUGUCGAACACGGAGAGAAAUUCUUGAAGUGGUUGGAAUCGUACAGCAAUCCUUCGGUGACCGCGAUGCAGAUCAUGCAGUUCAAGGCGUUGUUGGGUAAUGUGAAGAACAGUGUAGAAAGAAAGAAUGGUGAUCUCCAGAACAAAACCAAAGUCAAAAGAAAGUGAUUCGCUUUCGUUUAGUGAAAAAAGGCUGUCUAGCUACCAAAUCGUAUUAGUUAAAAUAUUAUGUAGUUUAUGUAAAAAAAGUCUAUGCGGGUGUUAAUUCAUGGAUCCGAGUUUAGUUCCGUGUCCUUUUUUACGCCCGUUCUUCCUUGAAUGUUACCUUGAAGAGAAAGUUUAUUGACGCUUAUGUUUUUUUGUACAUACGUUAAUUUAGUCGAAUUUUAGAGAAUUUGUAAAGACUCGACUAGUGCCAAAUAAUUUCGCAUUAUUUUUGCUCAAAUAUGUACCUAACUGUGUGUUUGUUAUAGGGCAGUUUCCUAUUUGAGAUCUCAUGUCACCGUUUGCCAAAGUUACUUUUAUUUUGCGACGAUUUCCUGCAAUACAUGUCAUGAUUUGUUCCUUAGAGUUAAGUAAUCUUUACUGUUACACAGGGUGUGUACUUUCUUAGUGAUAGCCCUGUAUCGAAUUUCGCUAAAUUAUGGUGUUAUUUGUACAUUGUUGUAUGAUAAAUUUAUCUGAUAUUUUUGUACGAAAUUAAAUAAA